ACCAAACCGUCUCCUAAAUGAAGGCGAAUGUUGGCUUUGAUAUUUAUUCAUGGGGAGGGAGAACAUUUUCUUCACCUAACGUCCUCAACACCCUCAUAUCCGGACAAAACUUUCUACACGUGACUUUCACACUCACUUUUCGACAAGGAAAAUUUUCCCCAGCCUUUAACUCCCUGUUAAUUUCUCCCUUCUUUCUCCCGACUUUUCUUUCCUCAGCACUUUGGGAAGCGAGGGAAGAAUUUUUCCUGAGGAUGGUUUACACCGACCCCACUUAACCGGCAGCUGGAGAGAGAUCAACCCCUGGCAAAGAAUAAGAAGGAAAGACUUAAAAAAAAAAAAAAAGUUUGACAGCGAUUUCCACUUAAACUUCCUAAACCGGUGCCAGUCCCGGAAGGGCCCCCCCUCCGAAUCCCGGCGUGGGGUGGGCGGGCAUCUCCGGCCUGACUCUCGCUCCUCCACCCACCUCCCUAUUGCUAACACACGCACACACCACGAUCCCGCCCGCGAAACAUCUGGAUGGGGACUCGCGUCCCCACACAUGGACAACUGCAGCCAUGGCUGGCUCCUGGGGAGCAAGUGCGGAAGUGCGCGCGGGAGCCGGGGCGCAGCGCUAGGUCUCUCCAGCAUCCUUCCUUCCAGCUGCUCCUGUCACCAGCCCCUGGCUCCGCCCCUCGGAGCCCGCCCCUUGCCUCUCAGCCAAUAGCAGCCCCCGACUGCUCUCCACCGCCCCAAACCCUUUCCACACCCCCACGUUCCGUGAGCCGGUUGGCUGUCGAACCCACAGCGGAGCGGCUGGAUUUGCAUGGUGCUCCGUGUUUCUGGUAGGUGGAGCGACCCGUCGCUCCCGGUGGCCGGGCCCGCCCACUCUGCCUGGGUCCCCGGCUCUCUUCCUGCGCAGUUCUACUUCGCAGCCUCCGCGGGGAAGCGCCGGGGCUGCAGUCAAGGCUCGGUUCGCAGGACCGCGGGGAGGCAGCCCCGGCGAGCGGCCGUGAGGCGCGCACCGUUUGCAGGGGCCCGGGCGCGGGAGUGCGGCGCUCUGCUGUCCCCGAGCGCGGCGUCGCAGCCCCCGACCAGCAGUUGCCGCCACCCGACUUGCGUUCCAGUUGCGGCUCCUCCGGGCAGCAUGUCAAAAGCCGCCGCCGCUACAGCUGCCGCCGCCACCCGGGGAAGAGCGGCAGCCUCAGCAGCAGCAGCGGCGGCCGCGGGCGCGCGGGGGCAAUAAGACGAACCACUCGGCGUCCGGGGUACUCUCUCCGCGCUCACGGCUCCGGCGGGACCCGCGCCAUGUGCUGAGCCAUGCCUCUCGCCGCGCCCGCGGGCAGCGCAUGGGGCAGCGCCUGAGCGGCAGCCGAUCCUGCCUCGAUGUCCCCGGCCGGCUUCUGCCGCAGCCGCCGCCGCCCCCGCCACCGGUGAGAAGGAAGCUCGCGCUGCUCUUCGCCAUGCUCUGCAUCUGGCUCUACAUGUUCCUGUACUCGUGCUCCGGCUCGUGCGCCGCCGCGCCCGGGCUGCUGCUGCUGGGCGCGGGGUCCCGCGCCGCCCACGCCCCGCCGGCCCCGGCCUCAGGUCGCGACGUACCUCCCUCGGGGCUGCCGUUCCCGGCGGCGCCAGCCACAGGCGCCGCGAGCCACGAGGAGCAGAGUCCCGAGGCGCCGGACUCCCCCAGCCCCAUCUCUAGCUUCUUCAGCGGGUCCGGCAGCAAGCAGCUGCCGCAGGCCAUCAUCAUCGGCGUGAAGAAGGGCGGCACGCGGGCGCUGCUCGAGUUCCUGCGCGUGCACCCCGACGUGCGCGCCGUGGGCGCCGAGCCCCACUUCUUCGACCGCAGCUACGACAAGGGCCUCGCCUGGUACCGAAGCACCUGGCUUGGGCAGGGGAAGUCACCACAGGCAGAUUCGCACAGUCUCUUAGGCGGCCGCCCUCCACCUGACACGUUCCUUCUGAUUGACUCAACAACGCAGAAUAAAGAACGAAGUCGCCCUGGAAAGGCUGGCGGCGCGCCUGCAGCGGGGAGCGCAGCCCGGGAGCUUCGGGCGGGCGGGACCGGCGCCCGGGGCCGCUCGCAGCGCGGCCCGCGGGGCGGCUGGGCUUGGGGGGCGCUGGGGCUUGGCCGGGCCGCGGGGAGCGGGAAGUGCAUCCUCCUCCCGAGCCGCCUCCCUACCCUGAUGAUCCGGACUGUCUGGGCCCGUCUGGGCCCGGAGGCCCAGGGCCCGCGGCUGUGA